GCUUUGCGCACGGGCCGCGGGAGGGGUGGGAGGGCUAGCCUGCUGGCUGCUUGGGGUAGGGGAGGAGGAGGGUUUUCCCCAACCCCCGCACCCGCAUAAGUUGUGGCCCCGGGAGCCGCAUUCGGUGCAGGACGCUGGAGAGGCCGCUCCCCGCGCGCCGGGAGACCUGGGGACGCCAGUCUUGGGGGCGGAGGCCGCGCUGCGGAGCCGCCCACGCCGCGCGCCAGGAACAGAGUCCACAAGAUGGGCAUUAGGACAUGCUGAGACCCCCUGAAAUAGGCUGCUGGCACCCUGGUCAUGGAGGACUGCAAUGUGCAUUCGGCCGCCAGCAUUCUGGCCUCGGUGAAAGAACAGGAGGCCCGAUUCGAGCGGCUGACACGGGCACUAGAGCAAGAACGGCGCCACGUCGCCCUGCAGCUGGAGCGUGCCCAGCAGCCUGGCAUGAGCAGUGGUGGUAUGGUGGGCAGUGGGCAGCCCCUGCCAAUGGCCUGGCAGCAGCUGGUUCUGCAGGAACAGAGCCCGGGUAGCCAGGCAUCGCUGGCCACGAUGCCAGAGGCACCUGAGGUGCUGGAGGAGACAGUGACUGUGGAGGAAGACCCUGGCACCCCCACCUCUCAUGUAUCCAUUGUCACAUCAGAAGACGGUACAACCCGGCGGACUGAGACUAAGGUCACUAAGACAGUCAAGACUGUGACCACAAGGACAGUCCGCCAGGUGCCUUUGGGUCCAGAUGGACUCCCCUUGCUAGAUGGCGGCCCUCCUCUUGGCUCUUUUGCUGAUGGGCCCCUGGACCGGCACUACGUCCUGCGUGGUGGUGGCCCAGCAGCCACACUCUCCCGAGCCUACCUCAGCAGUGGAGGUGGCUUUCCCGAUGGCCCCGAGCCCCGUGAUAUUCCAAGCUACGGCAGCUUGUCCCGAGGGCUUGGGGUACGGCCACCACGUACUGGCCUCUUGGGCCCGGGACCUGGUGAUGGCUGUUUCACACUCCCUGGCCGCCGAGAAGCCUUCCCCAUGGGCUCAGAAUCUGGACCACCAAGUGGCCGCUCUCUGCCUGAGCAUUUCCAAGCAGAGCCAUAUGGCCUGGAGGAUGACACUCGGAGCCUGGCUGCAGAUGAUGAGGGCGGCCCCGACCUGGAGCCUGACUACAGCACAGCCACACGGAGAAGACCUGAGUACGGGCGGGGCCUCCGUGCCAGGGCCUUGGAAGACACCGCAGAUGACACUGGUGAGCUGGUAGAAGAGCGGCCCCCGUUCCCAGCCGCAACAGCCCCUCUAGCCCAGCCUGAGAGGGGCAGCCUGGGCAGCUUGGACCGAGUAGUGCGGCGCUCACCCUCAGUAGACAGCACCCGCAAGGAGCCGCGCUGGAGGGACCCUGAGCUGCCCGAGGUGCUGGCCAUGCUGCGGCACCCCGUGGACCCUGUGAAAGCCAACGCCGCAGCCUACCUGCAGCACCUCUGCUUUGAGAACGAGGGCAUCAAGCGUCGGGUGCGGCAGCUGCGUGGGCUGCCCCUACUCGUGGCGUUACUAGAUCACCCUCGGGCUGAGGUGCGCCGCCGGGCCUGCGGGGCACUGCGCAACCUCUCCUAUGGCCGCGAUGCCGACAACAAGGCUGCCAUCCGGGACUGCGGGGGCGUGCCAGCCCUGGUGCGCCUGCUGCGGGCUGCCCGUGACAAUGAGGUCCGUGAGCUGGUCACUGGCACACUCUGGAACCUGUCAUCCUACGAGCCCCUGAAGAUGGUCAUCAUUGACCACGGCUUACAGACUCUGACCCAUGAGGUCAUCGUGCCCCAUUCUGGCUGGGAGCGAGAGCCUAAUGAAGACUCGAAGCCCCGGGAUGCCGAGUGGACGACAGUCUUUAAGAACACAUCAGGCUGCCUGAGGAACGUGAGCUCAGAUGGUGCAGAGGCCCGGCGGCGACUUCGUGAGUGCGAAGGGCUGGUGGACGCUCUCUUACAUGCCCUGCAGUCAGCUGUGGGCAGGAAAGACACAGAUAAUAAGUCAGUAGAGAACUGUGUGUGCAUCAUGCGGAACCUGUCCUACCACGUGCACAAGGAAGUUCCAGGGGCUGACAGGUACCAGGAGGUGGAGCCUGGGAUCCCGGGCAGUGCUGCAACCUCCCAGCGUCGGAGGAAGGAUGACGCCAGCUGCUUUGGUGGCAAGAAAGCGAAAGGGAAGAAGGAUGCAGAGGCCGACCGGAACUUUGACACAUUGGACCUGCCCAAACGUACUGAAGCUGCGAAAGGCUUCGAGCUGCUGUACCAGCCGGAGGUGGUGCGACUUUACCUGUCACUCCUUACGGAGAGCCGGAACUUCAACACCCUAGAAGCUGCAGCGGGUGCCCUGCAGAACCUCAGUGCUGGCAACUGGAUGUGGGCCACGUAUAUCCGUGCCACAGUGCGCAAGGAACGUGGGCUGCCAGUGCUGGUGGAACUGCUACAGUCUGAGACCGACAAGGUGGUGCGUGCUGUGGCCAUCGCACUGCGCAACCUGUCACUAGACCAGCGGAACAAAGACCUCAUCGGGAGCUACGCCAUGACAGAGCUGGUUCGGAAUGUUCGCAACGCACAGGCUCCUGCCCACCCCAGUGCCCACCUGGAGGAGGAUACAGUGGUAGCUGUGCUCAACACCAUCCAUGAGAUUGUGUCCGACAGCCUGGACAAUGCUCGCUCCCUCCUGCAGGCCCGUGGUGUGCCUGCACUGGUGGCACUUGUGGCCUCCAGCCAGUCAGUGCGGGAGGCCAAGGCAGCAUCACACGUGCUACAGACUGUGUGGAGCUACAAGGAGCUGCGUGGAGCCCUACAGAGGGACGGCUGGACGAAAGCACACUUCCAGUCUGCUAGCACUGCCAAAGGACCCAAAGGGACACCAAAUUCUGGAGGCUUUGAUGACAGCACACUGCCACUGGUAGACAAGAACCUUGAUGGGGAGAAGUCAACUACUCGGGAUGUGAUCCCCAUGGAUACCCUUGGUCCAGAUGGCUACAGCACAGUUGACCGGAGGGAGAGGAGGACACUGGGCAGCGACUCCAUAGGCGACUCCUCUGAGAAGGAACUACUGAAAGGCCCUGGCCCAGCUGUUUGUUCUUCGGAUCACAUGGAGGUAAUUGGAAGAGGGCCGUCUGGAACAGACCCAGUCUUGGGGCCAGGAGCCCCACCCUUCUGUGUUGGGUUGGCCAAGCCUCUUGUCUACCUUGCCCUGCCCUCCUCUCUACUCUCCUGAUCUAACUCUCCAGGUCCGAGUUAGCUAUUUACUGACAUGGUGCUGUGUGGUAGGAGAGGAGGUUGGGGGGAGGUCCCCUGCACAGCCACAGAGGAGCAAAUACCAGCCUGGAGUGGAGGCCUUGGAGCAGGCAAAGGGACAAGUAGGGGGUCUUGGAAAAGAACUUGGGCUCCCAAGGGUGGCUGGAGGACUACCCUGCAUGCCGGCUGGCCACAGUGAGGGCUGCUCCAAGAGUCCAGACAGGGAAGUUUAGGAGGCGGCUGGUUUGGGGGUGGGAGCAAGCUGUGCUUGUCCCCGGCGCCCCCGUCCUUGGAUUCCCGGAACACCUUCCAUCUGCAGCACACUUCUCCUAAGCUGCCUGUGGCUGGGGCCUCCCUAGCUGUUGCAUCUGCCUAGAACCUCAAGUAACCUCGGGGCCUGACUGCCGGCAGCAGCGGGGGGAACUGCUGUUCAGUGCCUGCUGUUUGUGACUUAAAAAUGAAGAAAACUGACAAAAUGCAUUAAAAACGAAACCAAAAUGAGACUGUAUCAACAAACAUUGAAAUUUUUCUAAGAAAAUUUAAAGAUUAAAAAAGCAGCAAAGAA